CGCCCGCACUGCCGGGGCGCGAGGGCGAGGCCCGGCGGCGGCGCUCGAUUGGCCGGCGCGCGGCCGCGGGACGAUGGCGGCGCUGGGAGCCCCGCUGCGCACCCUGCGCGCGCUGCUGCGCGAGCUGCGCCACGCGGCCGGCCGCUCGUACCGCGAGAGCCCCGCCUACCGGCACGUGCUCGCCGCCUUCCGCGCGCACCGGGUGACCAGCCAGAAGCUGUGCCGCGCCCAGCAGGAGCUGCACUUCCAGGCGCACACCUACCUGUGCCUGCUGCGCAGCGUCCGCCAGCACGAGGCCCUGCACCGCGAGUACCACGGCAGGGGAGAGCGCUCGCCGCAGGAGGUGGCCGGGCUGGUGGGCUUCAGACUGCCGCAGCAGCCGGGAGGGAAGGGCUGAGACACGGCGUGCCCGGCGGGGCUGUGUGCUCACCUUCGUUCCUCAAUAAAUAAAGAAAUAAAUGGCCUAGAGCAGG